AUGAAAGUCUCAACUUCAACUACUUUAGCUAUCUUAGCUACCUCCACAGCUGCAUCAGCUGUUCCUGGUAGAGUUCUUGACUUGCCAGAAAGACAAUACUCCGUAAAGGGCUUAUCCAAAAGAGAUGACAAAAGUUUAACCGAAUUGGCACAAUAUAUCAACAAUUAUAAGGCAAAGAGAGAAGCCAUUGAUGAAGAACUUAUGAAGAGAGAUUAUGCUAUUGUUACAGAUGUUUUAACUGCCAUUAAUCAAACUCAAUUGGCACCUAAAGUUUUAGAUUAUUUUGUUUCUAAUCCAAUUUUCCAAACAAUUAUUGUUCAAGUAUUUGUUGCUGUCAUGAAAAGUGGGGUUAUUUCCUUGGAAGCAGUUUUAGAAGCCUUGACUAGAUCAAAUUUGGCAGUCAAUGUUAUUAAUGAUUUAAUUAGUGAUUGUUCAUUAUAUGUUCAAUUAUUUGAUGCUGCCAAGGGAGUUAUUUCUAACCUUGCUGAUAAAGUUAAGGAAUUAAUUUCUGAUGGUGUCUCUUCAUUGAUUGGUAGAGAUGAAGAAGAAGAUCCAUUGGCCGCUUAUGUUAUUGACUUGGAAAAGAAAGUUGACUUGGAUACUGUUGUUGAUAAUUUAUUAGAUUCUUUAUACAAAUCUGGUUUGGCUACAUCUGUUGUCAAAGAUAUUUUGACUAACUCUGAUUACAUUCCAUUUGCUGUUCAAUUGAUUGUUUCAAUGUUGGCUAAUCACUUAGUUGACGUGAGUAAUAUUCUUAGUGCUUUGAAGGAUUCUGGUUUAGCCGUUCAAUUAUUCCAAAGACUUUUGAACUUUCUGACUUUACAAACUGUUGCUUCUACUGCAUUUGCUGCAUUUGCUGGUAAAUGUCAAGAUUACCAAGGUCCAACUAGUAGCUCUUCUGGUACUACAACAGCUUCAACUGGUGGUCUCCUUACUGGAAGUUCUGGCUCUAGUUCUGGAUCUGUUUCAAGUGGCAGUGAUUCUACAAGUGGAACUGGAAACACCGGUGCUUCUGUUGCUGGUCCUUGUAAAAGAAGAGUCAGAAGAAGAAGAAGAAGAAAUUACUAA